UCUUUGUGAUUCAUCGUCCUGCUCUUUCAUCUCCAUAGCAAUGACCACAGCGUACAGGGUGCUGUCAGUAUGGCCAGUUUUGAUUGAUGUUUUGCUGUGGACCAAAAAGUAUGUGUUAAUAGUUUAACAUGAGUGUCACAAAUGUGUGCAGUUUAAUGUCUAACUCACUUUGUUGUCGUUUUUUUUCCUUCAGUUUUUAACUGGUUUCCUUUAUGCUCUUGUCCUUAGGUUCAGUAUAUGGCAUAUGUAGGUAUUGGUGGUCUCUUCUCCGUGCUGAAGACCCUUUUUGCAGGUGUCGUCUUCUGGUUCAUGGUCAAAUUUAGUCUUGGCAGGGGAUUGCUUACUGAGUUUCCAGAAUUUUUCUCAUUUGGUUUGUUCUCCAAGACUGGACCAACAAGAAAGCAGAUGGAUGGAACCUCUUUCUGCCUGAGGUUCAUGGGGGAGGGCUACACGAAUGGUCAGGACCCCUCUCAGGGCAAACCAAAUGCCACAAUCAGCACUGAAAUAACAGGACCAGAGCCAGGAUACAUCGCAACACCGAUUACCAUGGUGCAGGCAGCUAUUACACUGCUUAACGAACCUCACUGUCUCCCUAAUAAGUGA